UACCAGAAUUCGAGUCGGGACAAGUACAGCGUGAGUUCAUUGAAGAAUCAAGAGAUAGAAAAGAAGAAGCAAGGACAGGCAAGAGAGAAAAUCCAAAAUGAAAUUGACUUUGGUUUUGACUUUACUAGCUGUGACCUCGACUUUUGCUUGGCAUUUAGGUAAACGAGACUUUAUUCGAAGGUUGCAGGAUGAAAACUCUGUCAGUGAAAGCAGCGCACCUCUGCCAAAUAUCGAUUUCACAGGCAACUGGGAGGAAAAUGUCCAUGGUGAACUCGGGGUGGGAAGGGAAUUCCAAAUCAAGUACAAUGGUUCACGUCUACCUUGGCGUCCAACAAUGUAUGGUCAAGCAGCUUGGGAUAUCUUCGUUGAGUACAAAUUUGAUGACUAUUCGCCCUUCGUAUCUGAAGAACUUGGGGAUCAACCAAGCGAUAAUAUUUUCAAAAAAGUCAUUCGCAUCCCUAUUAACGCGACGAAGGUCCUGAUGUGGUUCAAACAUUGGGGUUAUUACACUAGCUACCGAUACGACAGCAACUAUGGUAAAAAUUACUACUUUCCUAUCACAAGACCGAGCAUUGUGUUUGAGAGAAAGGCCUGGGAUGAGAGAGAGCAUGGAGACCUGGUCGCUGGUGGUCAUUUCGAUUUGUUUUAUGAUUCCCGACGAUUGAAAGAAGGCGCUCAGGUGCAAGCACAGAUGAAAUUUGUUGAUGAUGAUGUUUUAACAAAGGCACUCGAUCGCACCGAUGGUUCAAGUUAUCAAACUUCAGUAAUUUCCAUUCCUGAAGAUGCCGAAAAAGUGGAAAUGUGGUUUUACUACGAAGAUGACGAUGGCAACAAACAUUACGACAGUGAUUAUGGACAGAAUUAUCACUUUCCAUUGUCCGAGACCGAGUAACUUCAAACUUUUUUGAACAAUAUAUGUUUUAGUAUCCAUACGAAGUGUUCGUCGUAGUGUCGAUGAGUGAAUCGUGUUUCCUAGACUUAGAAAACACUAUUUUGAGUUUUACUUACGAUUUUCUGUGUCUUUUACUCGCUUGUCUGAUCUGUUUUAGUUAUUAAACUGUAUGACUUGAUUUUGAUUGAUGUAAUCAAUGUUUUCUUAGUUAAUAAAGUUGUAUGUGAAAAAAAAU